AUGGACAGGAUUUUCUCUGCCUUGCUGCUCUCUUUGCUGCUCCUCCUCCAGAGCUAUGGAGUUUGCGGGUCACCUCCGCAGCCGAGAGGCACCCUGUGUAGAACCAAACCCACCGACUUGGUGUUUGUCAUCGACAGCUCUCGAAGCGUGCGCCCACACGAGUUUGAGAAAGUCAAAGUCUUCAUGUCCCGCGUGAUCGAGGGGCUGGACGUGGGCCCCAACUCCACCCGGGUGGGUGUGAUCAAUUAUGCCAGUGCCGUCAAGAACGAGUUCUCCCUCAAGACCUACCAAACCAAAGCUGGGCUCCUGCAAGCAGUCCGAAGGAUAGAGCCGCUCUCCACUGGGACAAUGACUGGCCUGGCUAUCCAGUUUGCCAUUAGCCGGGCUUUUAGUGACUCAGAAGGGGCCAGGGUGAGGUCUCCCAAUUUUAAUAAGGUGGCGAUCGUUGUGACCGAUGGGCGUCCCCAGGACGGAGUGCAGGACGUGUCAGCCAGGGCCAGGGCAGCUGGCAUCGAGAUCUUUGCCAUCGGGGUUGGCCGGGUGGACAUGCACACACUGCGGCAAAUUGCUAGCGAGCCCCUGGACGAUCAUGUGGACUAUGUGGAGAGCUACAGUGUUAUAGAGAAGCUGACCCACAAGUUUCAAGAAGCUUUCUGUGUGGUGUCAGACCUGUGUGCCACUGGAGACCACGACUGUGAGCAGAUCUGUAUCAGCACCCCAGGAGCAUAUAAGUGUGCUUGUAAAGAGGGUUUCACGCUGAACAAUGAUGGGAAGACCUGCAGUGCUUGCAGUGGCGGGUCAGGAUCUGCUCUGGAUCUCGUUUUCCUGAUCGAUGGCUCCAAGAGUGUGCGGCCUGAGAACUUCGAGCUGGUGAAGAAAUUCAUCAACCAAAUUGUGGACUCGCUGGAGGUGUCAGACAAACAGGCCCAAGUUGGCCUGGUUCAGUACUCCAGCUCUGUCAGACAAGAGUUUCCACUGGGGCAGUUCAAGAACAAGAAGGACAUCAAAGCAGCAGUCAAGAAAAUGGCCUACAUGGAGAAAGGAACGAUGACAGGCCAGGCUCUGAAGUACCUCAUUGACAGUUCCUUUUCCAUCAUCAAUGGAGCUAGGCCUGGGGUCCCCAAGGUGGGCAUAGUCUUCACUGAUGGACGAUCACAAGAUUACAUCACUGAUGCUGCUAAGAAAGCCAAAGAAUUAGGCUUUAGGAUGUUUGCUGUGGGAGUUGGCAAUGCCGUUGAGGACGAGCUGAGGGAAAUUGCUUCAGAACCAGUAGCUGAGCACUACUUCUACACAGCUGACUUCAGAACCAUCAGCAAGAUUGGGAAGAAGCUACAAAUGAAAAUCUGCAUUGAGGAAGAUCCAUGUGAAUGUAAAUCUAUUGUGAAGUUCCAGACAAAAGUAGAAGACCUCAUAAAUUCAUUGCAGCAGAAAUUGGAAGCUGUGGCAAAAAGGAUCGAAGCCCUGGAGAACAAGAUCAUCUAAGAUCCCCAAACAAUAUUAGUUCCCUCCUUCCUAAUGUAACAAAACUGGAACUCCUUCACUUAUAACGGAGGGCAGCUCAGCCACAGUGCUAUGGCCAGCUUGUGUUUUUUUUAAAGAGUCUAGUCUACCUGCAUUUGUUUAAAAGGGAAGAAGUAUAACAGUAGAGCAGACAUUGUAUAAAGGGCA